AUGUCAUACCCAGGCUAUCCCCCAACAGACUACCCACCUUUCCCUGGAUAUCCUCCUCCAGGUCAAGAGUCAUCAUUUCCCCCUCCCGGUCAGUAUCCUUAUCCUAGUGGCUUUCCUCCUAUGGGAGGAGGUGCCUACCCACAAGCUCCAACUGGUGGCUACCCAGGUGCUGGAGGCUACCCUGCCCCUGGAGGCUACCCAGCUCCUGGAGGUUAUCCUGGUGCCCCACAGCCAGGAGGAGCCCCAUUCUACCCUGGAGGCCCUGGGUUUGGAGCCCCACCAGUUGGAGCCUAUUCUGGCUAUCCACAGCCACCAUCACAGUCAUACGGGGGUGGCCCUGCACAGGUUCCAAUGCCAGGUGGUUUUCCUGGAGGACAGGUGCCCUCUCAGUAUCCUGGAGGACAAGUUCCUUUCCCCAAUCAGCCAGCAGCAAUGACUCAGGGCACUCAAGGGACAAUCCAACCUGCUUCCAACUUUGAUGCCAUGAGAGAUGCAGAAAUUCUCCGAAAAGCGAUGAAGGGUUUGGGGACAGAUGAGCAGGCAAUCGUGGAUGUUGUGGCCAACCGCUCCAAUGAUCAGAGGCAAAAAAUUAAAGCUGCUUUUAAGACCAUGUGUGGCAAGGAUUUGAUCAAAGAUCUCAAAUCAGAAUUAAGUGGAAAUAUGGAAGAACUCAUCCUUGCCAUGUUCAUGCCAUCCACAUAUUAUGAUGCUUGGAGUUUACGGAAUGCAAUGAAGGGAGCAGGAACUCAGGAACGAGUAUUGAUUGAGAUUCUGUGUACAAGAACAAAUCAGGAAAUUCGAGACAUUGUCAGAUGUUAUGAAUCAGAAUUUGGACGAGACCUUGAAAAAGACAUUAGAUCAGAUACAUCAGGGCAUUUUGAACGUUUACUUGUAUCCAUGCGCCAGGGAAAUCGUGAUGAGAACCUGAAUGUAAACCAUCAGAUGGCUCAGGAAGAUGCUCAGCGCCUCUAUCAAGCUGGUGAGGGGAGACUAGGAACAGAUGAAUCUUGUUUUAACAUGAUUCUUGCCACAAGAAGCUUUCCUCAGCUGAGAGCUACAAUGGAGGCUUAUUCCAGGAUGGCUAAUCGUGAUUUGCUAAGCAGUGUUAGCCGUGAGUUCUCCGGAAACGUUGAAAGUGGUUUGAAGGCUAUCUUGCAGUGUGCCCUGAACCGCUCUGCCUUCUUUGCUGAGAGGCUCUACUGUUCUAUGAAAGGUGCUGGGACAGAUGACUCUACUUUGGUCAGAAUUGUGGUCACUCGAAGUGAGAUUGACCUUGAACAAAUAAAACAGAUGUUCACUCAGAUGUAUCAGAAGACCCUGAGCACAAUGAUUGCAAGUGACACGAGUGGAGACUACCGAAAGCUGCUGCUGGCCAUUGUGGGCCAGUAG